AUGAUGGACAAAUUUGAAACUGAUCAAGUUAAACGUGUUAAAGAAGUUUUCCAGGUAUUAGAUUCUGAUGGAGAUGGAAUGCUAUCCCAUUCGGAACUAAAAACUGUGUUACAAAACUUAAAUCAAAACUGGGCUGAUAAAAAACUGAAUGAUGUCAUUUUGGACAUUGAUAAAAAUGGUGAUGGUUUAAUUAGUCAAGAUGAACUCUUGAACUGGCUGAUUAACGUUGAUUCAGAUUAUGAUAUCGAUUCCGAAGAUGCUAUAAAGGAAACUUUUACCACCUUCGAUAAAGACGGCGAUGGAUACAUUUGUGUAGAUGACUUUGUUUCUGUCAUGGGUCAAAUGAAUAGCACCAUAACUCGCGAAGAAGCCACUAAAGUCAUUCAGGCUGCGGAUGAAAAUGGAGAUGGCCUGAUAAGCUUUGAUGAAUUCAUUCAAAUACUGCAAGCUACACGCAGUACAACCGUUAAUUAG